AUGGGACUGGAGGCCACCGGAGGGGCCCGCUUCCGGAAGUGUGCAAACGAAGGAGUGGGGGCGGGGUGGACAGUACGCAGGACCAGUCCUGACCCCCAGACGGAAGCCUCGGGCAGCCGUGUCGGGGGGUCACGGGUGGGGAGGUGCACAGGCACCCCCAGACCACCCCACCCGGAGCGCUUGCUGGACGUCAGCCAGGCUGCCUGUGCCACGUGCUCACCCGCGCAUCCUCUUCGAUAUGCAGGUUACGGUGUCUACACCUACCCCAAUUCCUUCUUCCGGUACGAAGGGGAAUGGAAGGGCGGGAAGACCCACGGCCGCGGGAAGCUGCUGUUUAAGGAUGGAAGUUACUACCAGGGCGAGUUUGCCGACGGGGAGAUCAUGGGCCAAGGCUGCCGCCACUGGGCCGCCACAGGUGAGCCCCGAGACCCUGGACACGGGCGUCUGGUGGACCAGGACGGGCACGUGUACUGCGGGUCCUUCCACAACAACAAGCGACAUGGCCGCGGGCACAUGGGACAGUGGCACAGCGACGUCCGCAGCGGCCUGGGCAGCCUGGCCCACUGCUCCGGGCUCGUCUACAGGGGCAUGUGGAUCAACGGCCACCCGGUGGGGCGAGCCGCGAGGACGGUGAUUCUGGGCCCCGAGGUGAUGGACGUGGCCCCAGGCGCCUCCUUCACGGUGCGCGUGCAGCUGCUGCAGGACAACGGAGCAGUGGCCGCCAGUGAGCAAGAAGCCGCAUGUGUACACGUGCAUGAGCCCGUGUGA